GAAAUAACGGGGGCGGGCCUUGUAUGAGGAUAGUCUCGCUGAAUCCCGCGAUAUUUGCUUGUGUAUAAAUAAGAGCGUCUUCCUUAGGAUAGACCUCUUUCAAUCGGACCGGAGACGAAAUGUCUCACCGAAAGUUUUCGGCUCCCCGCCACGGAUCCCUGGGCUUCUUGCCCCGCAAGAGGAGUCGUCGUCAUCGUGGUAAGGCUAAGAGCUUCCCCACUGAUGACCCCACCAAGCCCGUGCACCUGACUGCCUACCUGGGCUACAAGGCUGGCAUGACACAUAUCGUCCGUGAGGUCGACAGACCUGGCUCAAAGGUCAACAAGAAGGAAGUGGUUGAGGCUGUAACUAUUGUGGAGACUCCCCCCAUGAUUGUGGUCGGCGUUGUGGGUUACGUAAACACCCCACGCGGCCUGCGGUCCUUCAAGACUAUCUUCGCAGAGCACGUCAGUGACGAGUGCAAGCGUCGGUUCUACAAGAACUGGUACAAGUCCAAGAAGAAGGCUUUCACCAAAUACUGCAAGAAAUGGCAGGACGAUGAGGGCAAGAAGCAGCUGGAGAAGGACUUUAAUUCCAUGAAGAAGUACUGCCAGGUCAUCCGCAUCAUCGCGCACACACAGAUGCGUCUGCUGCCUCUGGCGCAGAAAAAGUCUCACUUGAUGGAGGUGCAGCUGAAUGGAGGCAGCGUCUCUGACAAGGUGGACUGGGCCCGUGAAAAGCUGGAGCAAGCCGUGGCAGUCAACACAGUCUUCACUCAGGACGAGAUGAUUGACGUCAUUGGUAUCACCAAGGGUCACGGAUACAAGGGUGUCACCAGCCGUUGGCACACAAAGAAGCUUCCUCGCAAAACCCAUCGUGGUCUGCGUAAGGUUGCCUGCAUUGGCGCCUGGCAUCCUGCCCGUGUGGCCUUCUCUGUGGCUCGUGCUGGUCAGAAGGGUUACCACCACCGUACAGAGAUCAACAAGAAGAUCUACAAGAUUGGCCUGGGCUACCACACAAAGGAUGGAAAGCUGGUGAAGAACAACGCCUCCACAGAGUAUGAUCUGUCAAACAAGAGCAUCAACCCUCUGGGAGGCUUCGUUCACUAUGGAGAUGUGACCAAUGACUUCAUCAUGGUGAAAGGCUGUGUUGUGGGGACCAAGAAGAGGGUGUUGACUCUGCGCAAGUCUUUGCUUGGGCAGACCAGCCGUCGUGCCCUGGAGAAGAUUGACCUGAAGUUCAUUGACACCACCUCAAAGUUCGGUCACGGUCGCUUCCAAACCAUGGAGGAGAAAAAGGCGUUCAUGGGACCACUCAAAAAGGACCGUGUCACCAAGGAGGAGACUGCAUAAAGUACACAACAAAAGGCUCAACUGCUUUGCUUGUCGCCAUCAUUCCCGUGCUGCAGACUUUAAUAAAAAACAAACCCAAA